UCGCCUCACUCUUCUUCCUCAAAACCGAAGAAAAGAGCAAACCGCCUCUCUUAACUCUCCCUCCAACUCACACAAACUCCUUCAUUUCUGUUAUACUCGCCUUACCCAUGGCUCUACUCGUCGAGAAGACCACAUCUGGCCGCGAGUACAAGGUCAAGGACAUGUCCCAGGCCGACUUCGGCAGGCUCGAAAUCGAGUUAGCCGAAGUAGAAAUGCCUGGUCUUAUGUCUUGUCGUACUGAAUUUGGCCCAUCACAGCCGUUCAAAGGUGCUAGAAUCACCGGAUCUCUACACAUGACCAUUCAAACUGCUGUUUUGAUUGAAACUUUGACUGCUUUGGGUGCUGAGGUUAGAUGGUGUUCUUGUAACAUCUUUUCUACUCAGGACCAUGCUGCUGCUGCUAUUGCACGUGAUAGCGCUGCUGUUUUCGCCUGGAAGGGUGAGACUUUGCAGGAGUACUGGUGGUGUACCGAGAGGGCUCUUGACUGGGGUCCAGGUGGUGGACCCGAUCUGAUUGUCGAUGAUGGUGGUGAUGCUACUCUCUUGAUUCAUGAAGGUGUUAAAGCUGAAGAAGAGUUUGCUAAGAAUGGGACAGUCCCAGAUCCUACCUCUACUGAUAACCCCGAGUUUCAGCUUGUCCUUACUAUUAUCAAGGAAAGCUUAAAGACUGAUCCUUUAAAAUACACCAAGAUGAAGGAGAGACUUGUUGGUGUUUCUGAGGAAACUACCACUGGUGUUAAGAGGCUUUACCAGAUGCAGGCUAAUGGAACUUUGCUUUUCCCUGCUAUCAACGUUAAUGACUCUGUUACCAAGAGCAAGUUUGAUAACUUGUAUGGAUGCCGCCACUCGCUGCCCGAUGGUCUCAUGAGGGCUACUGAUGUUAUGAUUGCCGGAAAGGUUGCCUUUAUUGCUGGUUAUGGAGAUGUCGGCAAGGGUUGUGCUGCUGCCAUGAAACAAGCAGGUGCCCGUGUUAUUGUGUCUGAGAUUGACCCUAUCUGUGCUCUCCAGGCUACCAUGGAAGGCCUCCAGGUUCUUCCUCUCGAGGAUGUUGUUUCUGAUGUUGAUAUCUUUGUCACCACAACCGGUAACAAGGACAUCAUCAUGGUUGACCACAUGAGGAAGAUGAAGAACAAUGCUAUUGUCUGCAACAUCGGUCACUUCGACAACGAAAUCGACAUGCAUGGUCUUGAGACCUUCCCUGGUGUGCAGAGGAUCACAAUUAAGCCUCAAACCGACAGAUGGGUCUUCCCAGACAGCAAGAGUGGCAUCAUUGUCUUGGCUGAGGGUCGUCUCAUGAACUUGGGAUGUGCCACUGGACACCCUAGUUUCGUCAUGUCAUGCUCUUUCACUAACCAGGUCAUUGCCCAGCUGGAGUUGUGGAAGGAGAAGAGCAGUGGCAAGUAUGAGAAGAAGGUGUAUGUCUUGCCAAAGCACCUCGAUGAGAAGGUCGCUGCCCUUCAUCUCGGAAAGCUCGGAGCCAAGCUCACUAAACUCUCCAAGGACCAAGCUGAUUACAUUAGCGUACCAGUUGAGGGUCCUUACAAGCCUGCUCACUACAGGUACUGAGGGAAGACAAUUUGACAUUGUCGGCAUGAUUGUUUUGCUUUGAUUAUUGUUGGGGAUGAAGUUGGCAUGAUUUGCUGGGAAGAGUGGGUCUCCUUUGAAAGAAGACAAAUGUUUCGAAUAAGUUUAGAUUAUGGUUGGUGGUGUGAUAUGAUAUUGCAGCAAGUUUAGAUCCAUUUGCUGUUUGCUAUGAUUUUUGUUUCAAGAAUUCAAAGCAACAUGUUUUCGUUUUUCGCGUUGAUCUUUGCCUAUUUGAAAUUUACUGAUGUUAUUGCCAAAGAAAAGAUCAGUGAAGGCACAGACUAUGCCAA